GGGCUUUUUUAAAGCCCCCAGUCCCACAAGCCCCCGUUUGAUGGGGCUGUAAUGAAUCAGGGCCGAGUUAGGCCCCUACCCCCGAAAACAAUUAGACUAUUCGCUUUUUCUUCUGAACAAUGACAGUUGUGGCCCCAACAAACCCCACAUCCACACCAUCACUGCCACCAACCCUAACACCCCGUCAGCAGCUCGCCGCCUCGCUUGGUUGGCUCUACGGCGGCGUCUUCCACCUCGCCCGCACUGCGCAUCGUCGGAUCAUGGACUCAGCGUCGCUGCGGGGCGACUCGUCGCAGCUCUACCGCACGAUCCGCGUCUUCUUCGUGGUGGUGAUUGUGCUCUUGGGGUUCGAGCUCAUCGCCGUCGUUUACGCCUCCAGAUUUCACUUUCGGGACCUGCCCAGGCUCAAAAUCUNANGGACUCGCUUGCUGAAGCAAAGUCCGAUAUUGUGGUCAAGAUUGGACUCAGAAAAGGUUCUUGUUCCUUUGCUGAAGCUCGGGCAGCCGGGUUUACUGAGGAGAAUGGGACUCUUGGUGACAUAUGGGAAACUGUCUCGGGCAGUGAUCUUGUGAUGUUGUUAAUUUUUGAUUCCGCACAGGUGCUAUUUUGAUUAUGCAAUGCUUAGAGGAGAAUUGGGCAUGAGUUGCUAUGAAAGUUUGUAAGUGUAGCUGUUGUAAACAGUAGUUAAGUGGCUGCAACGCUGGAAUUUUGCUGCCAUGGUGGAAUUAAUCAAGUGGAUGAUGUUCUGAAGUGUUCACUCUUUUCACUAUAUCUUCUCUGCAUGGAUUCAAGAUUCAUACACUUUCAAGCCUGAUUCACAGUCAUUUGCUUGUGUGUAAUUGACUUUGUUAUUUCUCUGAAAUUAGUUCUACAUUGAAUUUACUUUUCUAUGUAAUUGCUUUCAUUAUGCACCUCUAUAUUUAGUUUUUUUUUUAUAAAAAAGAAAGCCCAUGGGCUGGUCCUGACCCACAGGGUUUUGGGGCUUUUUUAAUAAAGAGUUUUUUUGGUCCUGUGGGCUUUUU